AAUCAUUUGACAUGUUUGUUCCUUUCUUUCGUCCUCCGGCUUCCUUCUUGCUUUAUUUCUUACUGAAUGAAUUCAAUUCACUAAAAAUCAAAAAACGAUUUAACAAAAUAUUUAGUUUUGUCGAAAGUGUGUAAAAUGGACGCUUCGUCAAUUCUACCGUCUUUCAAACAACCCAUCCGACUCAGAGAGUUGGUAGACAGCAAGCGAGUGAUUUUCGAGAUUGACAAGUCCAACCUUGACUCGGACAUGGUUUUAGAGGAUGAUGACAAUGCAACUGGCGGAUAUGACGAAGACGAAGGGCCCGUUACCGACAUUGAUCCGCAACGCUAUGCUGCCAGGGAGAAGCGACGUGGACUUUUGCAAUCAUAUGGGAUAGACCCACAGAUCAAUUUUAUCUCGUUCUACGAAGAGGAUAAAAUGGCAGAGAUGAAGAACCUGGUCGAGUGCGGCGCUGUUCGCAAAACCAUAAUCCGAGAGGGACAAGGUCCGCUGGUUCCCCAAAACUGCAAAGUUUUUCUACAUUACAUCAUCUCCGGAAAUGGAUUGGAUGAUCCGUUUGAUUCGACUAUCAUGCAAGGCUAUCCACAGUGCCUUGAUCUUCGGCAACCGGAAGUAAUUCCCGGACUACUGGUUGCCAUCCAGAGUAUGCAUAUUCGUGAAGUGGCCAAAGUUUGGAUUCGAAGUGACUACGCUUAUGGAGCCCUUGGUUGCCCACCUCGAAUUCCUGAAAAUUUGGAUGUCUUCUGCAUCCUGGAAAUCUUGGAUCUGAUUGAAGAGAAUCAGCUCAAGCUGGUCCCGUACAUGACCUCGGAUGAGCGAGGCCUGUUGGAGUUUCGCGAAAUUUUUGACGCGGCCAAGGAUUUGCGUGCUAUUGCAAAUGGUUUGUACGUGGGUGCUGCCUGGUGGCCAGCAGUCAAAAAGUAUAGGAAGGCUAUAAACAUCCUUGAAGACUAUGGCACCCAAACCCAAGAUGACCAAAAACAGCGUGAACAAUUCCUCUACACGUUGUACAUGAACUUGAGUGCUUGCUACUUGAAGUUGGGACGCCCUCAGCAAGUGUGCACCGCCUGCAAGUUGGCUCUUCGAAGUGCAGAAUUUUCCAAGCAAACGGUGGAUGCAAAGUUAUACUUUAGGUUUGCUGAGGGAAAACUAAUGCUGGGUGCAGGGAAGGAUGCAAAAAAUUUGAACCAAGAAGCUUUACGUCGGGACCCUACGGAUACAGCUAUCUUGGACCAAAAGAAGAGGAUUGAGGCUGAUAUUGAGCACGACAGAUUGACCACGAAACUCACAUAUACAAAAAUUGGGAAAGCAUUCUGCUCCUCAGAAAGGACUGAUACUUAAGUCAUAUAUUUAAGAUAUAUUUUCUUUACAUUUCUCAUUUAUUUAUUCUCAUUUCUUGAAUGAGUCACGAAUAAUAACUUGUUAUUUACACACGAAGAAGGACGUUCAAGACUCGAUUUUUAUUGCAGAUUUUUGUUGGAUUGAAAAUAGUAUUUUGUGAACGUUUAUGAUGAUUUUGUGUCUUCCUCAAGACGUGCCUUCCGAUAAGAGUUUGUGGGCACUUGGCAGAGGCAGCUCUCGAUUGGGCGGAGUGAUGACUACAUGCCGAAUUUCACGGACGGUGGUAAAAGGGUUGCCUGUUUUCCGCUGACGAGGAUCGUGGACUUGCCGAGUCUACAAGUUGGCAACUAGCAUAACGAACAGCACCCCACAACCUCAAAACGCCUCAAAAUUAUAUACUAAUCUAAGAGCAAUCCUUACCAGAUCGCUCAUUGCAUAUGAAAUGAGCCAAAUGUAGACAAUGAGAACUAUUUACUUUUCGAGAAGCGGUGAGAGAAACUUUUAAAUUCUUCUCUUUCUCAUCGUCUUCGUCUGCAAUCAAUCACCAUUCACCAUUCCAUAAAUGAAACUUUUUAGAAAUUUCUAUAAGUUUCCAAAAUAAAAUUGUCUUGUGUCUUGAGCCGCAAUUAAAGAAGCAGAAGGAAAGGGAUUGGCAAUUGUAGUAAAAUAAUCCGACUGCUUGUUCGGGGUUGUGAGAUAAAAAUAUACUUUUAAAAUUGUGAUUAAUAUUAAAGACAUUAAAGUGCUUCACUGCCUUCAGCUUUAUUGUUUUUCGUAUUCAGUA